AUGUUUCAGACAUUUAAGGAAUGGUUCUGGCUGGAACGGUUCUGGCUUCCUCCAACGAUACAGUGGUCAGAUCUUGAAGAUCAUGAUGGACUCGUCUUUGUCAAACCUUCUCAUUUGUAUAUGACAAUCCCAUAUGCUUUUCUUUUGCUGAUCAUCAGACAUUUCUUUGAAAAGUUUGUUGCUACACCUCUAGCAAAAACAUUUGGCAUUCAAAAGGAAGUUAAAAAAAUUAUACCAAAUACCACCUUAGAGAACUUUUUCAAGCAUUCCACAAGGCAACCAUCACAAACUGAUAUUUAUGGACUGGCAAAGAAGUGUAACUUGACGGAGCGCCAGGUGGAAAGAUGGUUUAGGAGUCGGCGGAAUCAAGAGAGGCCUUGCAGGUUGAAGAAAUUUCAGGAAGCCUGCUGGAGAUUUGCAUUUUACUUAAUGAUUACUGUUGCUGGAAUUGCAUUUCUUUAUGAUAAACCUUGGGCAUAUGACCUCUGGGAGGUUUGGAAUGGCUAUCCCAGACAGCCAUUGCUGCCAUCCCAGUAUUGGUACUACAUUUUAGAAAUGAGCUUUUAUUGGUCUCUGUUAUUUAGCCUUGGCUCUGAUGUCAAGAGAAAGGAUUUUCUAGCUAAUGUCAUCCACCACCUGGCUGCUAUUAGUUUGAUGAGCUUUUCUUGGUGUGCUAAUUAUAUUCGCAGUGGGACCCUCGUGAUGAUUGUGCAUGAUGUAGCUGACAUUUGGCUGGAGUCUGCUAAGAUGUUCUCUUAUGCUGGAUGGAAGCAAACCUGUAACACCCUGUUUUUCAUCUUCUCUGCCAUAUUUUUCGUCAGCCGUCUCAUUAUUUUCCCCUUCUGGAUUUUAUAUUGCACCCUGAUUCUGCCUCUGCAUUACCUUGAACCUUUCUUUUCAUAUAUCUUCCUCAACCUACAACUCAUGAUCCUACAGGUCCUUCACCUUUACUGGGGUUAUUUCAUCGUGAAGAUGCUCAAAAGAUGUAUAUUCUUGAAGAAUAUCCAGGAUGUGAGAAGUGAUGAUGAAGAUGAAUAUGAAGAAGAAGAUGAGGAGGAAGAGGAGGAGGAGAAAGAGAAAGAAGCUGCCAAAGACAAAGACAGAGACAGUUUGAAGAAUGGCCUUGGGGCUGACAGGCACCUCAUUCCCAAUGGUCAGCAUGGUCGUUAGCUUGAAGCCCAUGUCAUUCCCACAGCACAGCAUGCUACAAGGACUCCUGGGAGCUGGAAAUGCUCCCUUUUCCAUGGCUGUGGCCAAGAAGACCCACAGAGAUCCCAGAUACUGCCCUUCCCUCUUUCUCACCUUCCCUCCAUCCUAAGAUGUGUUUAACAAAAUGUUGUUAACUUGUGUUAAAUUGUUAAAUAUUCAAAUGCCCGUGGAUUUUAUCGCAGUUAGAACUCACACUGGUCAAUAAUUUCAAAGAUUUCUCCAAAGCACCGUUUCAGUUCUAAUUGCAUUCAUUCAUACACUUGAGACUUUUAACUUUUUCAGGAGUUCACUUUGCUUUGGUCCUUUUACCUUCCCACCUUGCCCAUCCUCAUGAUGGUUUCACAAGUGCUAAGGAAACCCAUUUUUCUCAGGUGUGUUUGGCCACAGAGAGCAACUCAGUUCCCAAAGAUGAGUUGAAGUGGCAAUGGGACAGUUGCAGAAGGAUCAAAUAAGGAGAUAGGCUUCUGGGGCUCUUGGCCCCUUCCCUUGAGCUAGAAAUGGUAAUGGGACAGUGACAGAAAGACCAAACCAGGAGAUAGGCGUCUAGGGCUCAUGGUUCCCUCCUGCCACCUGCAAGCUCAGGUGCUUUAUCUCUACAAUGUGACUUCACAGGGUGGAGUAAAGAUCAAAUGAAAUAACAGAGGUGGAAGUGUUUACUGUCACCAGUGUAUUAUUGCUAAUUGAACCUCUUUGAGCUAUGAUUCCAGCUCUGUUUGGGAGAGAGAAACCUGACUAAACUUGGUAUGAGUGGGACUGAACAAAAAAGCACAUUCUUAAACAAUUCCUCUUAAGUGCAUCUGAGAUACCUGGAAAUGCAAAGCCCCAGAGGGCUGCUUCCACUUGAUUUGGUAACUAUUUGUUAGCUCCAUAAGGAUAAUUCUCAGAUUGCCCUGGAAUUCACCUCUCUCAGGUCCUCUGAGAGGAUCAAGAAAGUGAGUUUUGGCAUGUUUCCUUCUUAUCUUUUGCUGGUUUCUCACGGUUUUCCUGUCUAAGAGAGAAACUUAACCUGUGCUGCCCUGGCCCCUUCUGGCCAGCAGGGCUGCACUGUGGGCUGUUAGGGUCCAUCUGGGGCCUCACCAGGGAAUGGGGCCCAGGUCAGGUUGCUCACUGAGCCAUACCACCCAGGGAGCCUGAACCUCUAAAGUGGCAUGUGUGGGAGCUGCAAGACCCCCCAAAAACUCUUGGAAACAGAAAGAGGAAGCCGUACAUUGCUUCUCUGCUAUCCAACCCAAUCAGACCACAUAACAGUAAAACUAUACAACACAGAAGGCCAGAAAAUAACCCUGAGAAAUGUCCAAGGACAGGCUCUGGAGUCAGUGUCAGCUCUCUGGGAGGAUGGAUAAGGGCUAGUAAGUCAGUGGCUGGCGAUCCUGUCAUCUCCAGGGGAGAAUAGUAGGGACUACUUGAAUAUUUCCAGUCUGUAGCCUUGUCUUCGCAAGGGACAAGUCCUGAGCAGCGUGUCAGGGGUGACCACAGAGGCUCCUCAGGGUCCUGCUGACAGGAGAGACUGAGCCUUCCAAAGAAGAGUUUGAGCACAGUAUGCCUCUUCUCUUCACACACAUCCCAGCCUCUUGUAUUGGGUCAGAUUUUUGUAUCUUCAUCCUAUAUUGCACAGGGACUCAUACUGUAAAGCCACAUGAAAAUCAGCCCCAACCAAUGCAGGCCAUAAGGCCAUUUGAGGAGAAAGGGUACUAUGCUCACUAAAAAGGUCUGAGACUUUUGGUUCUUAAUGAAAAUAUGUUUUUAAAACCUUCAGGCCAAAUAAAAACAGGCAAACAGACACGAAAACCUUUCAGAAUUCUUUCCCCAACAAAAUCUUUGGUUAAAGAAUUGUAGAAAGAACAGAAAAACAAGCCUCAAUUUUUCUCUGCAUAAUAUUUGCUUUUAUGAGUACAGUAACAUAUGCUUUAUCUGUAUAAUGUGAUAUUAUAUAUCUAAGAUGCCUCCACUUACUUUGUGGCAUGGCUAUUGGUUUAUUAUUAAUAUUAUAUUAUUAUUGUUAUUUUGGGGGAAGAAGGUCACACUAAGAUUACUUUUUAUGUUUCCAGUUAUCAGAGUAUUUUUCCCCUUGAUUUAUUCUGGUCUUAUCUCAAUACCAAAUCUCUUUUUAAGGUAAAAAAAUUGUUUGCUGCUCUCUGUCCUCCAGUUUUUUUUUCCUCAUUUGAUUGUUAAAAUUAAAACUGAUAUAUCAACUCUUGAUACAGCUGGAAGCACUAAACUACAUUAUAAGAGUGAGAUACAGGUUUAUAACAUCCUUUAGGGCAUUUGAAGUUAACUUAAAAGGUAUCCUCUUUUUCUACAGGACACAAGGGCUCAGGGCUAUGCAAGAUGACUUUUUAAAAUUGUAAUCCACAGUGCCAUCAAUAUUGUAAUG